AUGGUCGUCUUCGACGUCGUCGUGGAGAUCCCCGGCGUGAGCGCGGCGGAGUACCUCAGAGAGAAGGCGAGCGAACCGUACAAGGCGUAUCACCAGCGCGCGUGCGGGAUCCUCGAACAACGUCGCCUCAGCGAGCGCGUCGGCGCGGACGGCCUCGUCACGACGGUGACGCGCACGGUACCGACGAUUCACAUCCCGUGGGCGCUGCGCCGCGCGAUCCUCGGGAACAAGCGCGUCGAGUUCGUGGACACGAGGACGUGGGUCCACGGCGCGCACCUCACGCCGCCGUUCGAGCAGUCGUUCCACACGACGAACAACAUCUCCGCGUCGUGCGUCGUCGACGGCACGAUCACGGUCACGGACGCGGCGCCGUCGGCGUCGAACGCCGUCGGCGGCGGCGGCGUUAACGGCGGCGGCGCGCGCUGCGUCAUCCGCGCGCGCGGGGAGUGCGUCGUCGCGGUGACCGGGCUGGGCACGCAGAUCGAGCACGUCAUCGUGAACAACCUGAAGCAGUCGUACGCGAGGCAGCCGGAGGUGAUGACGCACUGGCUGCACAUGAGACGCAACGGGAUCGACCCAAACCUGGCGCCGAUGCCGCCGCUUUCAACGCCGCCGGAGCCGGCUCCGUCGGCGUCGGAUCCGGCGGCGUCGGAGCCGCCGGGGCGUCGGAUCUCGCCCGCGGGGGGCGUCCGCUCGCCGCCGAAGGUCAUCGGCGCGGGGGGGAUCGGCGGCGGCGGCGUCCCCGCCCCCGCGGAGCUCCGUCUGCGUCACCACGGGAGCGACCACACCGCGGUGGACGUCGGCGGCGAUUUCGGCGUCGGCGGCGUCGACGCCGACGUCGGCGCGUCGAAGCCGACGCCGUCGACGUCGCGUCGCGGCCGCGCGCUCGUGGGCUCGCGAGGCGCCGAGCGCGGGUUACUCAACCGCCGCGGGCGCGAACGCCUCCCGUCCGUCGACGUCGCGGACGUCGACGACGGGCGCGGGUGGGACGACAAGUACGACCACGGGCGGAGGAGCCCGCCGUCGCCGCUGUCGCCGCGUCACCGGUGGGUGUGGCGACGGAUGGGGAUGUCGAAGCUCACGUUUUUCGUCCUCCUCGGCGCCGCGUGCGCCUUCCUCUCGCUCGCGGCGUUGUUCGUGUCGCACCUCGCCGAGCGCGGCGCGGCGUCCACCGCGCCGAAGGUGACGCCGCCGAAGGUGACGGGCGGGUUCGCGGGCGCCGUCAUCGGCGGCGCGUUCGGGGACGAGCUCGCGACGCGCACGAGGGAGCGCGUCGCGAGGAUCGGGCGGGAGGAAAUGGCGCGGCGCGCGGCGACGGCGGAGUCGAAGUCGGACGGGGGGUACCGGCGGCACGACGUCCGGAACGAAUUCGAAUUGCCGCCCGCGCCGGACGCGGGCGCAGUGAAGGCGCCGAGAGUCGCGGAGACGGCGGGGACGCGGGUGAGUGGACCGACGACGAGCGCGCCGACGAGGGGAGGGACGCGCGCGGCGGCGGCGGGGGCGGGGAGCGGGACGGCGGCGGCGGCGGCGGCGGCGACCGGACCGACCGGAACGACCGGAACGACCGGAACGACCGGACCGACCGGAACGACCGGAACGACGACGAGGUCGAAAACGCCGCCGACGACGACGACCGCGAACGCCGCGCUGACGCCGCCGAAGACCGCCGCGCGAAAGACGCAUCCCCACGAGCCGUGCGCGGACGAGCGACGCGAAGAGUGCGAGCACUGGGCGUGCUUCGGCGAGUGCCUGAAGAACCCCAAGUUCAUGCGAAAGAGCUGCCCGUGCGCGUGCGAGGCCGCCGCCAACGAGGCCGCCGCGGAGGUGGACAAGCGACGCGUCGCGUUCGAGGACCCCGCGGUCGCGUCGACCGCGACGUGGAAGGGCGUCGCGCUCGGCGUCGAUUGGACCGACGUCCGGGGCGAUCGCAGAGCGGCGCGCGUGCGCAUCGUGUUGAACCGUACGGACGCGCCGACGGCGACCGCCGCGGUGCUGGACGCGGUGCGCGAGAGCGCGUGCGCGCCGGGGAAAAUAUGCGGCGGCGCGGCGUGCCACAUCCACCGCGUCGAGCCGACGCACGGGCUCGUGCAGGGGAACCUGAAGGGGUUGGGGAAGGCUGGCGGGAAGUUUGGCGCGAGGACGGAGGGGACGCGGACGUGGACGAGAGGCACCGCGGGGUACAUCCCGGGAGGGGAUAACCUCCUGAUCGCGACGAGCGAUCACAAGGAGUGGGACCCGAGCUUCACCGCGUUCGGCGAGGUCGUGGACGAGGACAUGGCGGUGCUGGACGAACUCCUGGAUCUUCCCACGGAGCCGUUCGAGCACCCGGAGUUUAAGACGAUCAUGGCGAUGCUGAAGACGAAGGUAAGGUUCACCUUGGAGGGCGCCGCGGACGUGUGA